AUCGCUUGAGGACAGAGUGGGAAAAGGAGCAAGCAGAGUUAGAGGCAGGACAAAAGAAGUUCUAUAGACGGCCAUAUACAUAUAUUUUAAUGGUUUCAGAAGGCCCGUAGUUGGCGAAAACAAUAGCGGUGAGCGUGGACAUGACAGCGUAGUGAUGGAGCCCCCUUUAAGCAAGAGGAAUUCGGCGAUAAGAUUAGCGGAUUUGGCAUCGACUCAAGCCCUUCCUCAUCAGAAUAUGACAGGCUUCCCGGGGAUAGGGGGGCAUCACCCGCACUCCCACCAUGCCCACCUCCACCCUGGGGAGAUGGGCAACGACCCCGGAGUGGCUCUCACUCCAUUUGGACCCGAGCACAUGGCACAGACCAAUGCUCUCAAACUUAGUCCCUCUCAGCCUGUUCAAAGCCAUCCCGAAGCCCAGACCGCGGCAUCUUUCACGUCUUCUCAGACCACAGUUGGUUUCCCCGUGGCUCACCCCCACACAGGCUACACCACCAGCAGGGACUUCAUCCUCAGGAGAGAGCUCUCAGCCUCUGCUAUGCAUGCACUUGGCGACCAGCAUAGUUCCGCCUCCUCCCCUCAUCACCAUGGCAUGUUCAUUUCCCCAACAGGUGCUUAUGGGCACGCGGAAGGUGGUGCCCAUCCACUUUUCUCUGGACUGCACGAGCAAGCGGCCCCAGGUGCCCACCACCACCACCAUGCCCUCAACGGGCAGAUGCGUCUGGGUCUACCGGGGGACAUCUACGGCAGGCCAGAGCACUUCGGCCACAGGCCCGAGCACUAUGGAUCUUCUUCUCUGCACAGCUACAACUCCAUGAACUUAAAUGUGAACCUCGCCACGGCUCCUCACGGAGCCACGGGGGCGUUUUUGCGAUACAUGCGGCAGCCCAUCAAACAAGAGCUCAUCUGCAAGUGGAUUGACCAGGAGCAGACGUCCAAGAAACCCUGCUCCAAAACUUUCAGCACCAUGCACGAGCUCGUCAACCAUGUCACGGUGGAGCACGUCGGGGGACCGGAGCAGAGCAGUCACGUCUGCUUCUGGGAAGAGUGUCCGCGCGAGGGAAAGGCGUUUAAAGCCAAGUACAAACUAAUCAAUCACAUCCGCGUGCACACGGGCGAGAAGCCGUUCCCGUGCCCCUUUCCCGGUUGUGGCAAAGUAUUCGCGCGCUCGGAAAAUCUCAAGAUUCACAAGAGGACGCACACAGGUGAGAAGCCGUUCAAAUGUGAGUUUGAUGGCUGCGACAGGAAAUUCGCCAACAGCAGUGACAGGAAGAAGCACUCUCACGUCCACACGAGCGAUAAGCCUUACUUCUGUAAAGUGAGGGGUUGUGACAAGUCGUACACGCACCCGAGCUCCCUGCGCAAACACAUGAAGGUUCACUGCAAGUCUCCUCCGCCCCCUUCCGCCAACACGGGCUCCUCUUACCAUCCCUCGUCCACGACGAUCGGCGAUGCCCUCUCACCAAACCUGGAGCCCCACAGGAACCGUUCCUCGAACCUUUCGCCUCAGGUGACCAACCUAAACGAAUGGUACGUGUGCCAAGGGAGUGCUGGACCAAACAAUCUACACACCCCCUCCAGCGAUGUGCCAACGUCGGAAUCCGACGACGAGGACUCUUUUAGACACACAGAUCCAAGGGCGAUGCUCUGAUGUAAACAGCAAGGAAUACAUUCGUUAUACACGGUCCACGUAAUAAUAAUAAUACUACUAAUAAUAAAACAGGGUUGCAAUUCGAAGAAGAGGAUGCACCUAUGGAUGUCAGUGAUUGAAGAGAUUUUGGCCCCCGUUUUGCCCUUAAAACAUGCUCAGAGCAUUGAUGCAAUUUAUGUUUGAUAUGAGCAGUUGCAACUUGCCACAUGAAAAAUCGACUUGUACAUUUUUUAAGAUUUUACCUGACUAGUCGAGAUCAGAUAACAAGAGCUCAAAAGAUUUAUUAAUCAUGGUUAGGCUGUUUUUUUAUAUAACAACACAUCCCUUUUGUUGCACAAAAAUCUUUUUUAUAGAGAACCGUUUUACACGUUAAAUGUCUGAGGGGCAAAAAUCGCAGUGACAAUAAUUUUAAGUUUUUACUUGUAUAUUGUCAGUGUCAAAAAAAAACAAACAAAAAAAAAAAACAAUGAAUGGGUGGAGUCUUUGUUAAAGUUUAUA